AUGUCCAACCAAGGCCAGCUGAAAUACCUUGUCAUUAUUGAUGAUAUAUGGCAAUGUGGAGAAUGGGAAAUCAUCAGGAAAUCACUCCCAGAGAAUAACUUGGGGAGUAGAAUUGUCACAACAACUCCAAUGAAUGUUAUAGCCAAUAAGUGGCGUGAUGAUUUUGGUGCCUUGAUACACCCAAUGUAUCCUAAAUGGAAAGAUUAUGCUAAUAGUUGGGAUUACCUUAUCAAUUACAAAGAUGUUUGUGCCUCGAUGAUUGCUAUGAAGGCGGACAUGGUUGAAAAAGGUUUGGACGAUGACCAUCCUGUUAUGCGCAUGUGUGGUGGUGUGCCAUUAGCAUUGCUUUGCAUGCUCUCAGCUGUGGCAAGGGAGGUAGAACAAAUGGAAUCUGCUGGGGAUGCGCUUCGUACCUUUGCAGCAAAGGUUGACCGUAACGGAAUUCAGAAUGUUAGAGGGUUUGAGCCAUUGGUAGAGAGUCUGCAACUUGGCUAUGAUAAUCUUCCACAUAUCAUGUUGAAGACUUGCUUAUUGUACUGCAGCAUAUACCCUAAGAAUCACUACUUUGAAAGGGAUGAUUUGGUGAAGCGUUGGAUAACUCAAGGAUUUGUUUAUAAGGAGGAGACAGGAAAAUAUUACUUUGACGAGCUUUUAAACAGGGGAUUGAUUCUGCAUAUAGAACUAUUGCCUUUUGUUAGAGGCCUAAAAUAUAUGAUUCAUCCUAUGAUGCGAAAUUUCCUAAGAGCGAAAUCACGAGAAUGUAAUUUCUUUGUUUGCAUAUCCGACAUAGCAUGGCCAUGUUCCAAUCGAACCCGAUGGUUAUAUAUCGGCAAUGGUUCGAGGACUGGUGAACUAGACGAGGUGGAUGCUGGAAUUGAUUGGUCUCAUAUUCGAUCUCUUGUUGAUUUUGGAGGCGAAGAGAGAGUCCCCUUGGAGAAGAGAGUUCCCUUGGAGAAGUUGGAACGACUGCGAGUACUAGAUAUUCAAUUCGGUAUGUUUUCAUACCUUCGGAAUCAUCAUCUGAAUCAUAUCUGUGGACUCCGCCGUCUGAGGCACCUGUACGCCCUGCUCGGGAUUAGGAUUACAGAGAUCCCACCAGAAAUAGGGAGUCUGCAGUAUUUGGAGAGCUUGGACUUCAGUCAGACUAGCGUUACACAACUACCCAGUGAGAUCGGGGGCCUAAAGCGAUUGAAGACUUUGGAUGUGAGUUACAACAAUUGUCUCGAAGAGUUGCCUAGGGAGAUCGCCGAACUAGAGAAUUUAGAGACACUCCGCAUGAAAAGCACAAGGAUCACCGAGCUGCCCAAGGAGAUCGGGAGACUGAAGAAAUUGAAGACUUUGGAUGCGAGUGAUAGUAAAAGGAUCAAAGAGCUGCCUCGGGAGAUCAUCGUGGGACUACAUGAGUUGGAGAAUCUGAAUUUGACUGGCACGGGGAUCAAAGAGCUGCCUUUGGAGAGUGUUGAACUGCGUCAUUUGAAGCGACUACUUCUGAAGGAUACAAAGGUGGAGAAGGUAGCAAGGGAAAUCUUGAGACGGAAGGAACUGAAGAAUUUGGAAUUAGGUGGGGUUGUGGGUGCACUGCCCUGGGAAGCGGCUCGGCUUUCAGAACUGGAAGGGGUGCCAAAGUGCGUCCGCCAAGCUUGGAAUAACACUGAGGUGAUGUCAGAGCUAGCAAGGGAGACCCUCUCCUUUCGAAACACACCGUCUGGCGGUGGGGGACUAGUGGUUGGCACGAAACACAUGCACAUUCCGCGGUGGAUCAGAGAACACUUCAACAGCCUUAACAGCUUGGAUAUCAGGAUCUGCAAACUAAGGGAGGAGGAUAUCGCUUUUCUAGGUGAGAUGCCCAACCUCCAGAAUCUCACCUUAAGGUUCGAGGUCGUCCCGAAGGAGCCGGUAGCUAUCAGCAGUGGAGGCUUCCCAAAGCUGGAUUGGCUCAACAUUGACAGCCGCGUGCCACGGGUUGCGUUCCAGCAAGGAGCGAUGCCGGGGCUGAAAACAAUCAAGUUCUUUUUCCAGUUCUACAGCGGCCCACCAUAUACAGAGCCUCUCGGCAUCAAGCACCUCAGUAACCUCUAUUACAUCUCCUUCCAAUACAACCCGGACUGGUAUCGAGCGGACAGCCCGUGCAUCAGGGCGACGAUUGAUGCUGUGAGGAAAGAAGCCCAGGAGCAUCCCGGUAAGAUCAGCUUUUAUGUCACUGGCCACAAGACAGAGAUUUUUCCAGAAUUCAAAAUUGAACAGCUUCCAGAAUUGACCCAUGACACUUCCACCAGCGCGACCCGGAAGUGUCUUACCGGGUUAUCCACUGAACCCAAGAGGGCCAUUUUUCUAGAGAACAAUGGUGCACGGGUUUAUGAAGAGAUCAAUGAAGCUUCCACCAGUGAGACGGGUGAGAUUGAGGAGGACAGCACGCACAUUUCCCAAGUGAACAGUGAAGCAUCCACCAGUGGGACGUGCGAGAUUGAGGCGGACAACAAAGCUUAA